AAUAACUUCCAUUCUGGUCUGACUGACCCCCAGCAGCACACACUCGCCAAGCAGAACAUUUUGAUAUUUGAAGAGCAGCUGCUACUGUCUGGCCCCUUUUUGCUUUUGCUUUUUACAAGAACUGCUCGUUCACUCUUGCGGAAAUCUUUGCAUUCCAGGACAUACAGAACUAAAAACUUGGUUCCAUCACGAAAAGGGACUUAUUUCAUCCUAUGUACAGGAGGACUUUACAAGGCAGAGACACGUGGAGCGUGAUGACAAUAGUGCGCCAUCCCAGGUAAACAUUUGACAAGAUGAAGACAUCAAUGACAUUACAGGUACAGUUUUAAAGAGCACUGUGCUCAUCUAAAGGCAUGAAACACUCAAGUGGACAAGUCCGAGUCAACAUAAAGGAAUUCUUCAUUGGAGGAACCUUUGAAGAACUUUGAUAGGAAACUAGUCUGGAUAGAAUCAUCAGAGGAACCUUUACAGAACUUUGACAAGAAACUAGUCUGGAUAGAGUCAUCGGAGGAACCUUUAAAGAACUUUGACAAGAAACUCUUCUGGAUAGAGUCAUCAGAGGAACCUUUACAGAACUUUGACAAUAAACUAGUCUGGAUAGAGUCAUUGGAGGAACAUUUAAAGAACUUUUAUAAGAAAUUGAUCAGAUAGGAUCAUCAUAGAAACCUUCAAAUAACUUUGAUAAGAAACUAGUCUGGAUAGAAUCAUCAAAGAAACCUUAAAUAACUUUGACAAGAAAGUAGUCUGGAUAGAAUCAUCAGAGGAACCUUAAAGAACUUUGAUAAGAAACUAGUCUGGAUAGUCAUCGGAGGAACCUUUAAAGAACUUUGACAAGAAACUAGUCUGGAUAGAGUCAUCAGAGGAACCUUUACAGAACUUUUAUAAGAAACUGAUCAGAUAGGAUCAUCAUAGAAACCUUUAAAUAACUUUGAUAAGAAACUAGUCUGGAUAUAAUCAUAAAAGGAACCUUAAAUAACUUUGAUAAGAAACUAGUCUGGAUAGUCAACGGUGGAACUUUUAAAGAACUUUUGUAAGAAACUAGUCCAGAUAGAGUCAUCAGAGAAACCUUAAAGAACUUUGAUAAUAAACUAGUCUGGAUAGUCAUCAAAGGAACCUUUACAUAACUUUGAAAAUAAACUAGUCUGGAUAGAAUCAUCAGAGGAACCUUAAAUAACUUUUGACAAGAAACAAGGCUGGAUAGAGUCAUCGGAGGAACCUUUAAAGAACUUUGACAAGAAAGUAGUCUGGAUAGAGUCAUCAGAGGAACCUUUCCAGAACUUUUGCAAGAAACUAGUCUGGAUAGAGUCAUCGGAGGAACCUUUUAAAGAACUUUUAUAAGAAACUGAUCAGAUAGGAUCAUCAUAGAAACCUUUAAAUAACUUUGAUAAGAAACUAGUCCGGAUAGAAUCAUCAAAGGAACCUUAAAUAACUUUUAUAAGAAACUAGUCCGGAUAGAGUCAUCAGAGAAACCUUAAAUAACUUUGAUAAGAAACUAGUCUAGAUAGAAUCAUCGGAGGAACCUUUAUAAGAAACUAGUCUGGAUAGAGUGAUCGGAGGAGCCUUUAAACAACUUUUAUAAGAAACUGACCAGAUGGGAUCAUCAUAGAAACCUUUAAAUAACAUUGAUAAGAAACUAUUCUGGAUAGAAUCAUAAAAGGAACCUUAAAGAACUUUGACAAGGAACUAGUCUGGAUAGAAUCAUCAGAGGAACCUUAAAGAACUUUGAUAAGAAACUGGUCUGGAUAGUCAUCGGAGGAACCUUUUAAAUAACUUUUUUUUAAAGAAACUAGUCCGGAUAGAGUCAUCAGAGAAACCUUAAAGAACUUUGAUAAGAAACUAGUCUAGAUAGAAUCAUCGGAGGAACCUUUAAAGAACUUUUAUAAGAAACUGACCAGAUGGGAUCAUUAUAGAAACCUUUAAAUAAUUUUGAUAAGAAACUAGUUUGGAUAGAAUCAUCGAAAGGAACCUUUGAAUAACUUUUAUAGAAAACUACAUCUUGUUAACAAGGCUUUAAGAUCCCACUCUCGCAACAAUGGAUUCUCAAGGUGGUCCGUACCUAAACAGGAGGGCUCUCCUGUCACCUCUUGGCGCUGCUCGCCUUUGUCAGCUGGCAGCGGGCUGUGCUGUGAUCGCCAUGGUAACGCACAGUGCCGGAUACAGCGGUUCACAAGGUGUGUUCUGCAUGGCCGUGUGGUGCUUCUGCUUUGCCAUGACCGUCCUGGUCUUCUUCUUGGACGCCACUCGUCUCUACAGCUGCCUUCCGAUAUCCUGGGACAACCUGACCGUCACCUCUGCCGCCAUUGCAGCGCUCGUGUACGUGACAGCCUCUGUGGUCUAUCCGCUCUUCUUCAUCCAAUCAGAGUGUCCCUACGCCGGCUGCGACGUCCGAAACUACCGCAUAGCCGUCACCGUCUGCUCCAUCCUGGGAACACUGGCCUACGGGGCUGAGGUGGCCUUGUGCCGAGCCAGGCCGGGCCAGGCCGUGGUGGGCUACAUGGCCACGGUGUCCGGGCUCCUCAAGGUGGUCCAAGGCUUUGUAGCCUGCGUCAUCUUUGGUGCUUUGGCCAACGGGGGCCAGUAUUCCCGCUACGCCGCCACCAUCUACUGCGUGGUGGUCUACGCCUUCUGCUUCUCUCUGACUACGAUGGUGGUCGUCACGACGGUUUGUGGACGCACCAAGUCUGUGCGCUGUAUGUCCUUUGAUCGCUUCGUGGUGGUGUGCACCUUGCUGGAGGUUCUUUUAUACAUGAGUGCUUCAGUGGUGUGGCCUGUUUACUGUUUCGACAACAAAUAUGGCUCCCCUUGGCGCCCAUCGUCAUGUCCUCACGGGAAAUGUCCGUGGGACAGUAAAGUUGUGGUGGCCGUUUUCUCCUUAGCCAACUUCCUGCUCUACAUGGCAGACCUCAUCUACUCUCAGAGGACAUGCUUCAUCUCAUCACGUUUAUCCACCAACUCAAGGGCGUAGCGUUCAUGAUUAUUAGAUAUGAUCAUUCCAUAUGAUUGUUGAUAGGAUUAUUCAACGUGAUUAUUAGAUACUGUCUGCUUGGAUUCAUGUAACAGACAUAUUUACGAAUUUUAUCUCCAAGUGGACUUUCUUGAAAACACUGAAAUGUGUCAGUGGACAAAUGUCAUGU